GACUGGGAAGGGCGGCUUGUCGCUGGAGUUGCUCGUUUCUGAGCUCCGCCUUUCGGCCGGGUCUGGGAAGCUUGAGGGGCGCGCCGGCUCGCUCGUAUCACUCGCAGCCGGUUCUGCUCAGCCCCCGUCCUGCCGCCGCCGCCUCCCGGUGCGAGGCGGAGGCCUUAGUGGAGCAACAGCGCCGGUUGACUCGCCAGUUGGUUCAGUUUCUUGGCUUCAGGGGCAAACUGCUUCUGGGAAUCCUCUCCUUGCCCAGCCAGUGACCUCGUGGCUCUCCAACCUCCCCCCACAACCACGGCGGAGUCGGUCAAGCCCACCCUCUGCAGAGUUGUCAUCUACUUGCAGAAGGAGAUGUCCGGAGACACCUGCCUGGCGGCCACCUGCCCCUCGCCGGGAGCCAAGCCCAAGGGCUGCGGCUUCAAAGGCGGAACCCUGGGCAACAAGUACGUGCGGCUCAACGUCGGCGGCUCCCUCUACUACACCACGGUGCAGGUGCUGACGCGGCACGACACCAUGCUGAAGGCCAUGUUCAGCGGCAGGAUGGAGGUGCUUUCGGACAAAGAAGGCUGGAUCCUCAUCGAUCGAUGCGGGAAGCAUUUUGGGACCAUUUUAAGUUACCUCCGAGACAACACGGUUGCCCUCCCGAAGAACCGGCAGGAGGUCAAAGAGCUAAUGGCUGAAGCCAAAUACUACCUCAUCCAGGGCUUGGUAGACCUCUGCCAGGCUGCCCUGCAGGACAAGAAAGAUUCGUACAAGCCCGUCUGCAACAUCCCGGUCAUCACGUCGCCCAAAGAAGAGGAGAGGCUCAUCGAAUCCGCAAUGAAACCUGUGGUGAAGCUGCUGUAUAACAGGAGCAACAACAAGUAUUCCUACACAAGCACCUCCGACGACAAUUUGUUGAAGAACAUAGAAUUGUUUGAUAAGCUCUCCCUCAGCUUCAACGGGAGAGUCCUCUUCAUCAAAGACGUGAUUGGGGAUGAGAUCUGCUGCUGGUCGUUCUACGGUCAGGGGAGGAAGCUGGCCGAAGUCUGUUGCACAUCCAUAGUUUACGCUACGGAGAAGAAGCAAACCAAGGUUGAGUUCCCCGAGGCCCGCAUCUACGAGGAGACCCUGAACGUCCUGCUGUACGAGACUCCCCGGGUGCCCGACAACUCCCUGCUGGAGGCGACCAGCCGAAGCCGUCCCCAGGCCUCCCAGAGCGAAGACGACGACGGCAGCUUUGAGCUCCGUGACCGCGUCCGGCGCAUCCACGUCAAGCGCUACAGCACGUACGACGACCGGCAGAUAGGCCACUAAGCCCACGCAGUGCGGGGGGGGGAGCUCGCAAGGGAUGACGCCCUUUCUGCAAGGCUUCGAAGCAGGGGGGCUGUCCUCUGCACUUCCACUACUUCCAACCCUGCCUCCCCAAGAACGAUUCUGUGCUCGGAACGGUUUCUGCCCUGCGCCCAAGCCGGCGUUCCUUCAUCGCGCCGGAGCUCCGCUUGGCUUCUGAUUCCGGCAAAACAGAUCAAGGUGCUCCGAAGGCCUGCAAUCCACAAUGCCAGCUUCCAAAACCUUACCGACUGUAAUUGUUCUUCUGAGACUUAACUUCUCUUCUAGAAGCUGCUGAACAACUUAAUUCUGGCUCAAGAAGAAGCUGUGGUUUCCUUCCUUCCCCUCUGAGAGUGGUUCUUGCAGGGGGGGAACCAUCUUGGGCUGGGUGGUCUCAGACUCUGCUUGGAGAACCCUCUUUUGUUUGUUUGUUAGGUUUUUAGAAUCUAGGUGCCAAGGAUGGUGAGCGAAAGCCGAACACUAGAUUUCCUUAUGUAGGGCAAACACUACACACAUCCGUUACAGAAUGCUCUUUGCCGGAGCUGGAAGAAUUUCAGCCCCGAACCCUGACUUAAAUAUUUUGUUACGUCAUACCAAGGAACAAUGGGAAAGCCAACUGGGACUGGUUUCUGGUGAAAAGUGAGCCCAUCCUCCUACCCCGGUCCUGAAAGGAUUGUGCGUCCGGCAAGAUGGGAUGGAGAGGCAGAAGAAAAACAUGGGUGUAGCAAAAUGCAGCCUUUUUUCGAUUUUACCUUGCAAACCGGUUGAGGAGCUUCCGCGUUUUGUGCAUGGAGAGGGGUGGUCAUCCAGCAAGUUUUGGCUGCCUCAAAGUGCUGUUUCUAGUCCUAAACAUCUGCUAUUGGUCAAUGGGCAUUAUUAUUAGAUCAGAGGGCAGGAGCUCCUUUUUUUGCUUUCCAGGGUUAUGUUCACUCUGAGUUUAUUUGUUGGGGGGGUGGGCCAUUGCCCAAAGUGGGUGAGGCCACCUUCUCUACCUCCAACACCCUGCUCCUCCAUCCCUUUUCAAGGUGCAGAUUUGCUAUAGAAAUACAGUGAAAAGCCAGCGGGGCAAUGCCCUCCUCGAUUGCCAAUCAGUUCAGUUUGGGGAACACAAUCACAUUUUUAUACUGCGUUGUGUUUGUGGCAGCGAAGCCGCACCACGACGAGUGUUGUAUGCAAUGGGGAGGAGAGAGGUGGAGGCAAGGGUGGUGGUGGUGGUGGGGAGAUAUUAGGCCAGGUGUGUGGAAACACUUUUGGCCCCAUGCUGCUGAACUGCAACUGGCCAUUGGCCCUGCUUCCUGGAUAGACCUUGGUUCAUAAUGUAUGGAAGUAGGGGAUGAUGGGAGUUGUGGUCCGGAACAUCUAUCCUGGCCACCCUUUGGUGAUGCGGCCAAAGAGCAUGUGAUACCUCCCUGUUUAAUCGGACCUCAUUGCAGGCUGCCCAGGCCAGGUGUGGGGAACCUUUUGCCUCUCCAUAUGUGGCAGAACUGCAACUUCCAUCAGCCCCGGCAAGCGUGGGCAGCGGCCUGGGAUGAUGGGAGUUGUAGUUCAGCCUGAGGGCCAAAAGGUCCCCCCUGAGUGGUCCAGGCCAGCAGGUUCUUUUGAGGUGCAUAGGAGAGAGCUCAAUAGCUCCAUCCCCACAAGUAUAGGCUGGACCAGAAUUUGUGGGGUCACUGGUAGCAGCAGUUAGUGGGUUGUUAACCCUCGGUGGUUAGAUAGUGGUUAAUUUUCACCCAAGGUAAGUCACUGCUUCUGGUUAACCCAUGUUUGGCUGAACAAGCAAUGGGUUAUAUAUCCGGUAACUUGGAUCAUGACAUCUGUGUGCUCCUGGCGCAGAACGAAUAAACAAUAUUCUGUA